AUCUACCCUCCAUAUCUGCAUAUCUCAUCAUCAUUUCUCUUCGAUUUCGCAUUCAUUUUGUCUUGAGACAAUGACUGUUUCUUUCGAACAACCCGAUUCCCAAUCUCAGGUGGUGGAUACCAAGAACCAAUGUGAAUUGGUGUUGGAUGGAGGGUUUAUGGUGCCUAAUAACAGUGGUGGGUUUGAUGCUCCAGAUAUUAAUGCUUUUGGUCACACGUUUAGAGAUUAUGAGAUUGAGAGCGAACGACAGAAGCAAGUUGAAGAGUUCUACAAGAUGAAUCAUAUUAACCAGACAUAUGACUUUGUGAAGAGGAUGAGAGAAGAGUAUAAGAAACUGGAUAAGUUGGAGAUGAGCAUCUGGGAAUGUUGUGAACUGUUAAAUGAAGUUGUGGACGAUAGUGAUCCUGAUUUGGAUGAACCCCAAAUUCAGCAUUUGUUACAGACAGCUGAAGCCAUUAGGAAAGACUAUCCAAAUGAAGAUUGGUUGCACUUGACUGCCCUCAUUCAUGACCUUGGGAAAGUUCUCCUCCUCCCAAAAUUCGGAGAGCUUCCACAAUGGGCGGUUGUGGGUGACACACACCCUCUUGGUUGUGCUUUCGACGAAUCAAUUGUUCACAACAAGUAUUUCAAGGAAAACCCAGAUAGUAACAAUCCGGCUUAUCAGACUAAGAACGGAAUUUAUCCACAAGGAUGUGGACUAGACAAUGUGAUGAUUUCAUGGGGGCAUGAUGACUACAUGUACUUGGUGGCCAAGGAAAAUGGAACCACUCUACCUCAAGCAGGACUAUUUAUUGUUCGCUACCACUCUUUCUAUCCAUUGCAUCGUGCCGGAGCCUAUAAGCAUUUGAUGAAUGAGGAGGAUGUUGAGAACUUGAAAUGGCUUCAAAUCUUCAACAAGUAUGACCUUUACAGUAAAAGCAAAGUCCGUGUUGAUGUCGAAGAGGUCAAGCCCUACUAUCUCUCUCUCAUUGAAAAGUAUUUCCCGGAAAAGCUCAGAUGGUGAAAGUUUGAACAAGAUUUGAGGUGAAUGAAUUGAGAAAAAAGUCAGGGUCUAUUGUGGGAUUAUUGAUGUGGUUUAUUUAUUGAGUUUCAUUCUCUAGUGUUGCUAUGAGUUGAUCGAAGGGUUGAAAAGGGUGUUCUUACUUUUCAGUUUCUUGAAACCCAGAUGUUCUACAAUACUAGGAGGAUGCCAUGAAAACUGCUUGGUCAAAUUUAUUGAAUCGUUUAUCAUCUUACGGGUUCGCUUAUAUCGACAGUGUCAUCACUUUAAGAUUAGUGGUGCAAUGCUCAUGUUUUCUCAUGUAUGUAUGCAUCUCCUGAUCUUUACAUAUAAAAUUGAAAAAUGAAUGGGUUG